AUGGAAUACCCCGACUUGGGGUUCCGGAGAGACAAUGUGCUCAUCAACCCGCUGCCGCUCUUGCGACGAGGCACAGGCUCUCUAAACUUUCGACUGAACAGCGGCCCUUCGCUGGUUGUGUUCCCCACCCCGGCCGAUGCUUUCCUGCUGCAUCACGCCAACCAGUUCCUGUUCAAGGACUCGGUGAGGUUCGAUGACCCGGCGGGGUUCUGGUAUAAGUUCGCGCUGCCUCUAUCUAACUCGGCAGAGCCCAUCAAGCAAGCCCUGUGCGCCCUGGGGGGCGCGCAUAGAUCCUUCGUAGGUCAGCAGGUUGGUGAUACAAUGAGCUACAGCCGGCUGGCCGUCACCAAGUACAAUGACGCAGUCAACCAGAUCAAGCAGACGGUGACGACGAACACGGUCGAGCACCUCCAGGUCAGCAUGGUCAGCUGCAUCAUAUUCGUCUACAUUGAGAGUCUGCACGGCCGAGUCCCGGAGGCGAUCAAGCACUUACAGGCGGGCUGCCUGAUUCUCUCCGCCCUCCGCAAGUAUCACACGAAUCAGGGCAGCGUGGCGGCGUUCAUCCCAACCAUGUCCACCGUGCUGCUGCGAAUAUGGCAGGAUUUUGCUGACUUCCAAGCCUUUGACACAUUCUACCUCCCCGACCUGGAGCCUCAGAUUGCGGACAUCGGAGACCCGACUAUCCCGUUCCCAGAUGCCAUCACGGCAAUGGAGAUGCUGUUUGCCGUCGACGAUGUGCAGAGCUAUCUUGCGCUCUCACACCAUUCCGAAUUACCGAAAGAGGGCGACUCCGAUGAGACGGGCGACGACAUCAAACCACUAUCCCUGAGUCAUGACUCUAUCCGCUUCGCCUUCCAGUCGAGCAAACCCACCCUCCAAGAUUGGAUCUCGAGGAUGGGCCUGUUCCUAAAACAACACGAGAAGACCGCCUUCCCCAAGGACGAGCAGCACCGCGUCCAGACCCUCUCGCUCUACCACACCCUCUGCACGGGCCUGGCCAAGCUCGACAGCCUCGACGACGAGCUCGCCCCGGAGGACUGCCAGGCCAUACUGGAGAAGCUCGCCCUCCUGUUCCAGGCCGACGCGGACGACUCGGGGUCCAUCUUCGCGCUCGGCGGGCACCUCAUACCCAUCAUCUCCAGGGUGUUCGGCAAUGUGAGCGACGAGGGCGUACUGCGCCGCUGCAUCGAGGUGCUCCGGUCCGUGCGCAGGCGCGAGGGCGUCUGGGACAGCCACAGGCUGGCGGACCUGUACGAGGCCGCCAUGAACGCGAGGUCGUCCGUGGAGGAGCUCGGCGAGGAGCUGCCGUGGGGGGUGCCGCAGCUGACGGAGAAGCUGGCCACUCUGGGGUUGUUGCCGCACACGUCUUGA